AUGGAACUGAGUCCCGCCUGCCACCACUGCGACUGCAGUGAGGACUCGGCCCAGCACACGCUGGCGGUCUGCCCCGCAUGGGCGACGCAGCGCCGGGCCCUCACUGCAGUCAUCGGAGUGGAUCUCUCGCUGCCGGCCGUAGUACGCUCCAUGGCCGGUAGCGACAGUUGUUUUAUCGCGGUCGCAACCUUCUGCGAGGAAGUAAUCUCGCAGAAGGAGGCGGCGGAGAAGGCCCGGGAGGACGACCUCCACUCGGACCCGAUCCGCCGCCGGCGAAUCGGGCGGCGGAGGCGCGCCUAUCACCGCCUUAUGCCGCCCUGA